AAUUUAUUCAAUUUUAUUCUAACCUAACUUACGCCUUCCGUUCGUUGUAUAAACUUGGAAUUACUGAAGAAUAACUUUUGAAAAUGACUACAAUUGUUGUAAAUGACGAACAAGAGCUAGUUACUAAGCUAGCUUCUAAAAUCGAGAAAAUUGCUAACGAUGCCAUCGAGAACCGUGGGAAGUUUUAUGUUGGGUUUUCAGGUGGUUCCGUGUUAAACUACCUCUGUGAGUGCUUACAAACUGUGGACACUGACUGGUCCAACUGGGUGGUGGCAUUCUGUGACGAACGUGUGGUGCCUGAGAAUGAUGAUGACUCUACCUUCGGCACUUACAAGAGAGAGCUUAUCCCAAAAACAAAGCUAGUAGAGCAGCAAUUUAUCAAGAUAAAGCAAGGAGUUUCAGCUGAAGAAGCUGCAAAGGAUUACACAGAGAAGUUGACCAAGGCAUUUGGUAGUGAGGACUUUGUGUUUGACCUGCUUCUGCUUGGCAUGGGACCAGAUGGACAUACUUGUUCCUUGUUCCCUGGACAUCCGUUACUAGAUGAGACCAAGUUGAAGGUGGCUCCCAUCACUGACUCACCCAAGUUCCCGCCAGAGAGGAUCACUCUGACCUUCCCGACUAUAAACAAAGCAAGGAAUUGUUUGUUUGCUAUCUGCGGCUCAAGCAAGGCAGAUAUGAUUAAACGUAUCCUGAAGGACAAUGAUGAUUCGGUGCCGGCGCGCAGAGUGAAGCCUCACAGUGGCUCCCUCUACUGGGUCCUUGACCAACACUCCGCUAAAAACUUGUAGAGUUUGAGAACAAAAAAUUUGCCCAAUAAAUUAGUCGACUACACAGUAGCCAUAAUAAUAUACCUAUUUAGUAGGUAGAACUUAUAUAGAAGUAGUAUGAAACGAUUUAAUAUCUUUGCUGAUGAUAAACUGCUUAAUUUUUUUUAUCAUGAAGUAAUCUUGGGUAUAGGAUCAUCCGUUUGGAAGCUUCGAACAAAUAGAG